UCUCUGAGGAACUGCAGUUGUUGGCUGGGGUCAGCCCCCAGGUUCCACUGGCAUCCAGAGAUUGCCAUGAUGACAGAUAAAGCAGGAAGUCUGCAAAAGAAGCAGGUCCAAGAUCAGCAGCUGGAAGAGGCAGAAAGAGGUGCUCAGGAGCUUAGGCCUAGUGAGCCUCAUCAGGAAGGACCCUCUGGCUCUCCAGUACCUUCUAGAAGAUUUGAAGAGGACAAGCAUCUGAAACCAUACCAGCACUCUUGGUCUCGUCAUGGCCUCUCCCACUUCUUCUCCUCCUUUCUGAAGCAUCGUUCCCACUUUUCAAAUGGAGAGACAGUCAAUGAGAAGAAAGGCCAGAAAAAAAAGAGCCAGGGCAAAUCCCAAGCUCCUAUUGCAGACCCUGAACCAGAGCUACACAUUGAGGCAAAUGCAGCACUAGACCUGCAUUCCAGUAGUAGUUCUGAGAACCAGGUCAUAGUGGACCAGAAAUACAUUGCAGAUGGUGAUGAAGAAAGACUGGAAAAAAGGCAAAGACGGGGAAAAAAAGAAAAGAUAGUAAAAAAGAUGGUUAAAAACAAAACAAGAGGGAUGACAGCAAAAACAGAAGAAAAAGACAAAAGACAAAAGAAAGAGACAGACAAGAUCAACACAGAAAAUGUUGAAAGAAAGCUGAACACUAGUGAAAAGCUGGUGGUAGCAGAAAAAACAAAGAGUGAAGGAAAUAGAGAAGAAGGAAAGGAGGUGAUUUCAGUUCAAGAAGAAGCCAUGGUUCCCAAAGCUCAACGCAGAACAAGGAUUAUGCACUGCAGUGUAACACUGCUGGAUGACACAGUUUUUAAUUGUCAACUGGAUAAACAUGCUAAAGGAGAUGAGCUGUUUGCUAAAGUAUGUGGCCACCUGAAUCUUUUGGAAAAGGACUACUAUGGCCUGGCCAUAUGGGAGACACCAACAAAUAAGACUUGGCUUGAUUUCACAAAGGAGAUCCAACGGCAAGUGAAAGGGGCUAGCUACGAUUUUACUUUCAAUGUGAAGUUUUACCCACCUGAUCCAAGCCAGCUAUCAGAGGACAUCACCAGGUACUACUUGUGUCUCCAGCUACGCCAAGACAUAAUGAGUGGUCGUUUGCCCUGCUCCUUCGUUACUUUAACCCUGCUGGGCUCUUAUGCACUACAGUCUGAACUGGGUGAGUAUGACCCAGAGGUCCAUGGCACAGACUACGCCAGUGAGUUCAGACUCAUCCCCAACCAGACCAAGGAACUGGAGGACAAAAUCAUGAAUCUCCAUCACACAUACAGGUCCAUGAGUCCUGCUCAAGCCGAUUUGCUGUUUCUUGAGAACGCGAAGAAGCUUUCUAUGUAUGGAGUGGAUUUGCACCAGGCUAAGGAUUUGGCUGGGGUGGAUAUUAUGCUGGGUGUCUGCUCCAGUGGUCUUAUGGUUUAUAAAGACAAGCUGAGGAUAAACCGAUUCCUAUGGCCGAAAGUGCUUAAAGUUUCCUACAAACGUAGCAGCUUUUACAUAAAGAUACGGCCGUCUGAGCUGGAACAUUGUGAGAGUGCUAUUGGCUUCAAACUGCCCAAUUACAAAGCUUGUAAAAAGCUUUGGAAAGUGUGUGUAGAACACCACACCUUUUUCAGACUGACAUCAGCUGAAGCUGCCACAACUCCCAGAAAGUUCUUGGCUCUGGGCUCCAAGUUCUGUUAUAGUGGGCGCACUCAGGCCCAAACCCGUCAGGCCAGCUCUAUGAUCAUACGGCCGGCACCACAUUUUCAGCGCUUUGCCAGUAAGAGAGCAUCGCAAAGCUUGGACAGAGGUAAUACAUCACGUCCUGUCAGUGCUCCUGUGAUGUGUCAUGUUGAUGCUGAUGCAGCUCCUUGUUCUGUGAUGACAUCACCAGCAUGGGUGGAACAAAGACAGUUGCCCACCAUUCCAGCUUCCUGCUCUGGUGAAAAUAAAAGAGAGGAAAAAUAUGAGAGCAGUGUGUUUAAGGCCUUUAAAACACAAAGCACCAAACCAGAGGGGACAUCUGAGAUCAAGAAAAAAACUGAGGGUGAAACUAUUUAUACCAGACAUAGCAGUUUAAUGUUGGAGAAAAAAACUGAGGGUGAAACUAUUUAUACCAGACAUAGCAGUUUAAUGUUGGAGGAUCUAGAAAAGUCUCAGUCAGGGAUUUUGCGUCACCACUGCAGUAUCAGCGAGCUAAAGCGCAGCUUUAUGGAAUCAAUCCCUGAACCUCAACCCAGCAGAUGGAACAAGCGAUUGUCUACACACUCACCCUUCCACACAGCUAAUAUUAAUGGCCAGCCUCACUCCACUAUGCAUAUUGAAAAUGAGGGUAUGCUACUUGAUGCACAAACCAUUACCUCUGAGACUGUAAGCACAACCACCACUACACAGAUCACUAAGACUGUUAAAGGAGGGAUUUCAGAAACUCGAAUUGAGAAGAGGAUUGUGAUCACUGGUGACACUGAGAUUGACCAUGACAAGGCUUUGGCCCAGGCCAUAAAGGAGGCUAAGGAGCAGCACCCAGAAAUGUCUGUUACAAAAGUAGUGGUGCAUCAGGAGACUGAAAUUACUCCAGAGUAAAAUGUUCCCACUAAAACAUUCAGCAUGGCAACUACCAGUUACCUGAGAGACCUACUUACUAUGCAGCAACUCACAGCCUCAAAAUGUCUUUCAGUUACAAAUGUUAUGGAGCUAGUCAAACAUCAAGCAUCUAACCAGACUGCCAGCUGAGGCCCCAGAUAUAAUUAUCAGUUCUUAGGAACAUUGCUAAGACCCAGAAAAGGAAAAAGAUAAAUAGUUCCAGUGUACUGAACCUUGUGUCUUUACUCCAAUUACUGUGAAUUCCAGCGUCGUCUGUUCUCCAGGAGUUUGUAUUGGUCCUGACUAAUUUAUAUGAAAUGGUUUCUUCAUCAAACGAAAAAGAAAAAAUAUAAUUCAGAUUUAAAUAAUUAAAAAAUUUUUAGGGUUGAUAAAUGCUGACACGUUUUAAAGACAUUUUAUAAACAGUUGUAAUGUGAAAUUGGUGUUCUUUUCAUGUAGCAAAGAGGUGUCUAAUUUUAAUACAUUUUUAUUUUCACCUUUAAAAUACAUUAUGUAAUAUUACUGUUUGUGAUGAUGAUGCUUACUAUUAAUAUUAUGUUUGUUAUUAUUAUUUUUAUCAUUAUUAUUACUGCUAUUAGGUUGCCACAGUGCCAUAGCUGGUUGGUGCUGCAUAGCAACAUGGGCCCUUGGACCUGGAAUUUUCAGUGGUUUAAAAUGGGACCCUAUAAUGGAAUUUGGGUGUGUCUGUGCCUGUCACUGUCUAUAAAAUAUUUUGACAUGUU